AUGCAUCUUAUAACUGUCCUGCCAUUCAUUUUAAGACACCAGAAGAAGAAAAAGAAUGCAUCUGAUCAUGGUUUUAGAGCGGGGAGAAUAUCAGUCUUGUGUUUUUUUACUCCAUGGCCGAGUGUUGCUGCGGGAUUAUUAGGUCCGGUCCGGCCGUUGCACCUUUGAAGAGAGCGGUCUGACUCCGGCUCAGCUCUUCUUGUCUCUGCGGAACUAACGGACCAUGUCGGCCCACAAAACAAAGAAGGUUAAAAUGGCAACUAAAUCCUGUCCUGAAUGUGACCAACAGAUUCCAGUUGCCUGCAAGUCCUGUCCAUGUGGAUAUGUGUUUAUCAGCAGAAAACUUUUAAAUGCUAAACUCAGUGAGUGUCCGUCACCUGCUAUUGGAGACAAACUGGACUUUAAGCGCAGGAGAACUGAGCGCAUUCGCAGAGAGAGGAUUGGCUCUCCUCUAACCACUGACUCUGAAAACCACAGGAGACCCCGAGUCAACAGUCAGUCGGAUAACAUCCGGCGAGGCCGUGGUCGCCCAAAGACUGUGGGCCUGAGGAAACAGGAAGAAGAGAAGGAAAAGCAAGAAAAGGAAGUGGACAUAUAUGCCAGUCUUUCUGAUGAAAAGGCCUUUGUCUUUUCUGUGGCCUUGGCUGAGAUCAACCGCAAGAUCCUGGGUCAGAGACUUAUCUUAUAGAUUAAGACCAAAGAGGAGAUCAGAACUUGAGUGUAAGUCUUGGACUUGAGACACACUUUAGUCAUACAUAUAAAUGGUAAAUAUUUCCCUCAGACUUGGAACGGAAAGGGGCAAGACUUGACUUGGACUUGGCACGAAAGACUCGAUUCUUAACUUUGACGUAAAAAGGACCUAUGAUAAUCUCUAGACCUUAAUAGUGCAGAAAACAAUUUUGCAGGACACAUUGGCUUGUGAAAUAACCAAAGACAGCAGAACUGACUGGAGGUCAUGGUUCCCUUCCAAAAAAGGAUGAUAGCUUAAAAAAAUGACAUUACUACUCUUGGUCAUCUUCAAAGAAUUUACAGAAUUAUAUUUUUGUUUUUUUCUGAACAUUAAAAAUAUACAUAUGGAUUAAAUGUGUCUGUUGUAAUGACUUGUAUUGUUAUUUAUAUGCUAAUAGUAAAAGGCCAUUAACCCUUUUAUGUCUGAUUUUUAUAUCUAAUUCUAUAAAAUAAUUAUUUGUGUUUUUCCUGUUAAUCAGCGCUAAUUAGUGUUAAUUUGAAUAUUGCACCUACAAUAAGUACAUUUAGCCAUGAUAUAGAUUGCUGACUUGAGCAUGUGAAGAAUAAACCUAAUCUUCCAGUUUAAACAAUGUAUAGUAUACUAUUGUUGCUGUUGUAGCUCAGGAUCCUGAUUUUGAAAUUUAAUUCAAUCACAGCAUAUGUUUUUGAACCAGCAAUGCUUUUUCAUCAUCAAUGGAUUUUUCAAUGCAAAGAAGUAAUAAAAAAAAAAAUCUGUUGCACAGUC